GUCAUUGGUAGACGCUGUCGUAUAGUCUGAAACCUGAAAUCGUCCCUUCCUCUUCGAUUUUUAUUGAACCGUGGGAAAGUGGCUCCCUCUCUAAACCUCCCCUGUUCCUCUUGCGGAAAUUAACCAAUCAAAGCAAGCGGACUCUGCUUUCUAGUACGACGCUACGCCUCUACCCCCCACCACUCUGUUCUCUUUCACAACCAUUCAUUUUCGAUCUCAAAAGGCUUUCUCCAAGAUCUCCCACUUCCUUGUCGGUGACUUCUCUGUUUCAAUUUCUUUUAUUUUGCUUCUUUAAUCUGUUUUUUUCCUUUUACUUUGAUUUGUUUAGAUCAAAUCUUAAAUACCCACAUCCCCAUUCCCUCUCAUCAAGUCCUCUUCUAGUUCACAUCCUGUUACAAUUCCCACUAAUUCUUUUUUCAGAUCCAUUGAUUUCAUCUUGUCGAUAUUUGUUGUGAAAAAUGUCAGCUAUUCGAUUUGAUUCCACUAAGCAAUACUAUGCUACAAGUAGUUUGGUUGCGGGUUAUGCACUUUGUUCAAGUUUGCUUGCUGUUAUUAACAAAUUUGCAAUCACCAAAUUCAAUUACCCAGGAUUGUUAACUGCGUUACAGUACUUAACUUCUGCUUUAGGAGUCUGGGUUUUGGGAAAGUUUGGGUUUUUACAUCAUGAUGCUUUCACAUGGGAUACUGCCAAGAAGUUUUUGCCUGCUGCCAUUGUCUUUUACCUCGCGAUCUUCACAAACACCAAUCUUUUGCGUCAUGCCAAUGUUGAUACUUUUAUAGUGUUUAGAUCCUUGACACCCCUUUUGGUUGCCUUAGCUGAUACAACCUUUAGGAGACAACCGUGCCCUUCAAAGUUAACAUUUAUUUCCCUGUUGAUCAUUCUGGGUGGUGCUGUUGGGUAUGUUGCCACUGAUUCAGCAUUUACCUUGACUGCAUAUUCAUGGGCGUUCGCAUAUUUGGUGACAAUUACUACUGAAAUGGUGUAUAUUAAGCAUAUGGUGAUGAAUCUUGGGUUGAACACCUGGGGUUUUGUGUUGUACAACAACUUCUUGUCCUUGAUGAUGGCACCCAUAUUUUGGGUUUUGACUGGAGAAUACAAAGAGGUUUUUGCUGCUUUGGGAGCCAAUGGUGGGGAUUGGUUUGAGCCUGUGGCAUUUACCGCCGUAUCUUUGUCGUGCUUGUUCGGUUUGCUCAUUAGUUUCUUUGGAUUUGCGGCUAGGAAGGCGAUCUCCGCCACAGCAUUUACCGUGACUGGUGUAGUGAAUAAGUUUCUUACAGUUGUGAUCAAUGUGUUGAUUUGGGAUAAGCAUGCUACUCCUUUCGGAUUGGUUUGUCUCCUCUUCACUCUGGCAGGAGGGGUUCUUUAUCAGCAGUCAGUUACUGGACCACCACGUGAGUCAUCGGCAUCUAAGCAGACCGGUGACGUAGACGAGAAUGACGCUGAUGAGAAUCAAGAUAAGAGUGUAUCUGGUAAACAUGCUUCUGUAUGAGAAGUGUUAUUUCUUAGUUUUCAUGGUUUUAGCCUCUAAGAAUACUUUUCGAAUGUAUGAAUCUUUAGUACCCCUAUUUUUGAAAGUACCUUUGCUGUGUUAGAUCUCACAAUCCCAUGUCUAGAAUUUAAACACGGUUAGCGCUUUACGUUUUAGCAAUUUGGUGAUUUACGAGUCAUUAUGCUUCAUAUUCAUAAUUGACAAUAUUGUCGCAUUCUUUGUUGCUUAAUGUACUAGUGGCUGGCUGGUUACAGUUUUCCAUA